GCCAAAUCGAGGCGAUCAUGGAAGACGAUCACCACAGAACCAGUCAAAGGAGAUUCCUACGCCAUAAAAGGUCUAAAUCCCGGAUCAGAGUACAUUGUUCGAGUAACCGCUGUGAAUUCCGAAAGCCAGGGAGUGCCAUCCGAGGAAAGUGAAGCCGUUAAGUACGAGGAUGUCAGAGAAAGACCAUCGUUUGUGAGUGUGCCGAAUGAUACGACGGUAAUCAAAGGUUCCAAAAUAAAGCUUACAGCGGAGUUCACGGGAAUUCCUACACCAGAAGUGCGUUGGAUGAAAAAUAGGAAGGAGAUGUUUUCUGGUGCCCGACAAUGGACUGAAAUUUCUGAUGGUGUAUCGUCGCUAUCAAUAACAGAGAUACGAGAGGAAGACGAGGGAGACUAUACUAUUGAGCUACGAAAUGCUGUUGGCACAUGCGAGCAUAGGUUCAAAUUGAAUAUGGAUGUUCAACCAGAAAUUAUCCGUCCUGAUCGUUACACCUCAACACUUGUCUACGAUGAAGGUGACACCGUGAAAUUGCGUCUGUCAUUCACAGAUAUUUUAUUGUGGACUGUGCUUUGA